AUGAUCGACGAGUGGAGGAGUGAAAGAGCGAGGACCCUGGAAUUGGAGCAGGGUUCGGACAGACGAGGCGGCGGCGCAGUUUCUCAAACACACGCCCUAAAUUUGACGAUUCGGCUACGAACGAACAAAAAGCGCUUGUGCGUGGCUCCCCGCAGCCACCACGCUGCUCUGCAAUCUGCACAGGGCAGCUCGGAGCUUCCCUUGUCGGAGCUUCCGGGGAAUACCCGCGAGCCGAACACCACCGAGCAGCGACCGAAUCCGACUUGCGCCGCUUUGAAAAAAAAAGUCGUUGACGCCUGUUCCCCUUCAAUCCUCUCAUCCGGCCGGCUUGACCCGCCCAAGGGUCGAAUCAUCAUGCGGGUUCUCUGA